AUGUCAUCUCGAAAGAUCAGAUGUCUAUUAGCUCACCCAGAACGUACAUCUACCGACAUCCGCCUUCUCUCGCAAGUGGAGCUCAACAUCAUCCGCACGGAAGCUUAUACAAAGAUCAUGGGCCGGAGUAAUGACUUUAUGGGUCAACACAGCGAAGACCAACUCCGGACUACGGUAGAGGAGGCUUGUGUUGAGCUGUCACUGUGGCUCGAUGAAUGGACCAACAUUGCUCUGACCGAACCAGCGCCACAUCAACGGACUCUUGCGUUGCAGAACUUGUGUAUACAGCAAGCUUGGGCGACGAUGACCAUGUACCUAAAGGCGGUAGGCUCUUCCGGGAUCGAGAACAUUGCGAUCAUGACCGAAUUUCAGCGCGACUUCAUACGCAAAGCCAAGGAGGCAGCGAAUCGACACCUUCACUACAUGCUUCAGUCAUCGUCAACACCAACUUCAUCGCCGGUGUCUCAUGCCUCGACCUCUGGCUCAACGUAUCUCAGUACUUUUCGCUGGACACUCGACUAUGUCUGGGCUAAGUGCGCCGUCUCAGUCUUGCUGGUCCUCAAGUUAGCCAUUCUCCUCCGCGACCCGGUACCUUCGGUCAUGGCGCUGCUCAGCGAUGCGCAUCGCGUACUGGAAGAGCUCAAGACUGUUACCGUCGGCCACAUCGCAUACUUUCAGAUCUUGCAAACCAGCAUCGAGAAGUGUGAAGCUGCUCUCCGAGAGUAUGCUGCGGAACAGAUACCCGACCAGGACUCUUCGAUGGCGGGAGCGAGAAGCAGUGUAGCUGAAGACGAGUUCCAGGGUUACGUUCCCAGCGAGUUCGUCUUCGAGUGGGACUUUCCUGGGCUCAACCUAAAACAUAUGCCGCUCGGAUGGCAAGAUCUCUUUGUCAAUAUCGACAGCUUGUUCUAA